AUGCCGCCGGGCCUGCCCCCGCCGCCCCCGCCCGACCCCCCGGCGCCCCCUGUUAUCCCGUACUCUACCACCACCACUACUGCUGCGCCGACCACAACUACGCCGGUUCCUACGACAACUACGCCCGUUCCUACGACAACAACGCCCGUUCCUACGACAACAACUUCGACUUCCACUACAGCAACAACAACGCCUGUCUCUACGACAACAACCACGCCGGUUACGUCGACAACAACAACGAAAGUUCCAACAACAACAACAACGCCGGUUUCUACGACAUCAAAAACAACUACUAGUACUACUCCUGCUUCUACGACAUCAAAAACAACCACUAGUACUACUCCUGCUCCGACAACAAGUACCACGACUCCUGCUCCAAAACCAACAACGACUACACCCGUCCCUACAACCACUACACCUGUCCCUACCACCACUACACCCGUCCCUACAACCACUACACCCGUCCCUACCACUACUACACCUGUCCCUAUAACCACCCGCACCACGUCCAGACCCGUCACCCUGCCUAGAAGGUACCCGCCUAGAAGGUACCCGCCCUACGUGCCGCCCUACGUCCUCCCGCCUGUCUACCUUCCCCGCCCGCCCCCCGCCGCCGCCGCCACCGCCUACGCCGGUCCCGGCCGCGCGCGCGCCUACGCCGCCGCCAACAACAUGUUGGCGUGGAUACCCGCGUACUUUAAUUUGAAAUAA